AUGCAGGAAACUUUGUGGAAGGACAUGGAAACUGUGUUACGGGACUUCGUGCGGCAUAUAGACAGCACCAGGCACAUAUUGGACGCAUUGGCUAAGAGCUGCGAGAAUACAGGAUGGGAUUAUAAGGAAAACGAUACCACCUUGUACAAGGGACAUACCGUAGGCGACGUACUGAAGUGCCGAUUCAUAACGGGUGCAUUAUAUUUCAUGCAGGAUUGGCAAGGGGCAGCAGGCACAGGGGCAGGACAGCGACACCCCAAUGACGACCAUUUUGCAGGAAUUAUGAAGUGCAUAUUGGUGCAUGUUUUCGCAAGACUACUAAGUGAAUCCACGUGUGGAGACUCCAGGGGAACCAGGUACGCAUGGAAAACCAUAGAUAAAAUGCAGAUGCCUGGGGGGUUCCAGGGCAGCACCUCAGGAGGCAAAUGCAAGAGGAACCAGUAUGGGGAUAUGCAUAUAGGGACAGCACAGCUAAAGGCGGCAGUUGAGGCAUGGUUGAGGAAUAAUAGAACAGUAGCGCAACAACUUGCACACAUACGGCCACACACAGCUUGUAAUAGAACGUGGCAGAAAAACAUGCGAAUAGGGGAACCUGUGGAUGAAGAGGAUGCGAAGAAGGAACAGGUUACGCAAGGGUUACACAUAGAGGGCGCGUGGACAGACGUAGUAAAAACUGUUUUCAACACAAUUGCAAACGCAGGGGACACAUUCAAGCAGCACCUCAGGGAACGCAAGAGGAAGGCCAACGACAGCGGAGCAGUUAUGAAUGUACCGUCUACCGCAGAUGAUAACGACGACUCCGAAGACCACGAGGACGAAGAGGAACACAAAAAGACCAAGCCCUCAGGCGGCUCUAAGCAUACACCAGCAAAGUCAUCACCCGGCGACGGCAGCGUAGCCGACCAAGAACCGGCCAAACCCGCAGCUACUGAGCCGGCAACACAAACGGAACCGACAG